CCAUACGCAGCAACUAACGAUGAGCGACAACGCGGUAACAGUGAGCGGCAGAGAGGGGACCAAUGUUUGUCGUUCUGUCUUCUACUAUUAUGUUUGUUAUUUUAGUAGCUAUCCAAACAGCAAAUAAGUAGUAAUAAUGAGUACGAAGAAUUAUUUUGAUAUCGAAUGUUUAAUAACUGAAGUGCAAUGUAGGCCGAUUUUAUGGCAAGAUAAUCAUAAAGAUUAUAAAAAUAAGUCUAUCACAGACCUGGUAUGGGAAGAUGUAGGAAAGCAGUGUAAUUGUUCAGGAGCUGUUGCAAAACUGAAAUGGAAGAAUUUAAAAGACAGCUAUAGGAAAAACAUACAGAAGCUUCCCCCUUUGAAAUCUGACUCGAAAGCAACGACCCCAUGUAAGGUCAAAUGGCCUUAUUUCGAAAUGAUGGGAUUCAUCAAGGAGUAUGUAGCUCAUACUCGCGGUGGAAGUAAUUUGCCAGAUAAUUCGUUCAUUAGCGAUGAUAAUAUCGAGGAACAACCUGAUGAAGUUUCCAAUGAUAACGUCAAAGAUACAUAUGAUUUUGCAAGUACUUUGAAUUGUACGCAGGAACAUUCCACUUCCGCGCCUACCCAAUUUUUAGAUCCAGGAUUUCACUCAAAUUCAAAAUGUUCACAAAAAUCUAAAUACAAAUACAAAAAGCAGCGGAGAGAUGUAGAUAUCGAAUUUUUAAAGCUAGAGGAACAGCGGCUAGAGUUAUUAAAAAAGGACAUAAGCAACAAAAGCGAAGAAAACUCAGAUCUUCAGUUUUUUAAAAGUUUACUUCCUUUUAUGGAAUUGUUAUCUCCAAUCGAAAAAUUGGAAGUAAGAGGAGAGAUACAGAAUGUUAUUAUUAAUAAAUUACGAUUUAGGCAACCAGUCUAGAUGGUAUACUGGUAAUAUCCGAAAAUUCAACGUCACACAUAUCUAUUCAGAAAAAUCAACAGCAAACUCGAAUAUAUUUUUUUUUACGUAAAUUCAAACUUUAGUGUAAGAAUUAGGGCAAGGAUUAUGAUUUAUAUACAUACAGUAUCAUUAUCAUACAUCAUAUCAUUACAUACAUUAUCUAUAUUAUGUAUAGAAAAAUCGAUUUUGUAAAUUCAUGCUGCUUUUCUAAUCUUAUCAAAUUUCUUUUGUCCGUACGUACGCAUGUACGUACACAAUUUUGAGUGAAUGUAGCAGUAAUAAUAUAUUAAUAGGAUUUAAGUAAUAAUGAAACGUUUCGCGUACGGGUUCGGUAUAAUACAUUAAGCGUAAAUAAUUUCACGUAAAUAAUUUUCCAAAAA